CUAUCCCUGGCAGCCAUGUUGGGGCAAUGUGGUCACGUGACGUCGAGUCACCGGCUUGGACACAGGUGUUGUAUUUCUUCAAGAACGGCGUUCUUUGUCUGUACGGACGUAUUGUCGAGGCCAAUUGUGUGCAGUGUCGGACCAGCCGCUACCUUAGACGCAGGUCUCCGAAGCGUUCGCGAGUCCAGUAAAAAAAUGGAAGGACCAGCCUACCCUGCUCAGGGACAACAGUACCCCCCUGGGACUUACCCACCCCCCGGACAGCCAUAUCCACCCCCUGGACAAACCUACCCACCCCCUGGACAGCCCUACCCACCCCCCGGACAGCCAUACCCAGUACCUGGACAGACCUACCCAGGCCCCGGACAGCCAUACCCAGGCCCUGGACAGCCUUACCCAGGCCCCGGCCAGCCGUAUCCAGGUCCCGGACAGCCGUACCCAGGCCCCGGCCAGCCGUACCCAGGCCCCGGGCAGCCGUACCCAGGCCCCGGGCAGUACUACCCACCCCCCGGACAGACCCACCCAGCUGUAGCACAACUACCCAAUCAGAACCGACCAGCCAAGGACCCACCCUGGUACAGCCCCAAAGGAAAGAGCGGUGGUCACCUAGCCCUACUCGUGCUGAUGUUCGUGAUCUGCUGUCCCAUAGCCUGCCUCUGCAUGUUGUGCGCGUGCGCGGGAUCUUCGGAUGGUUCUUACCACGGCGGGUCUCACCACGGGUCUCACCACUCCGUCUCUUCGGCAGGCUCUGGGGGGUCAGGAUGCUCAUAAAUGACGUGAUUUCUUUGUGAAGAAAACGUUAAAGUUGCCCGUGCAUCUGUAACAGGUGCUCAGGGGUGGCAUCCAUUUCCAUUUCUGUAGCCCUUUGUGCAUUUCUUUGUACAUAAGCCAAUAUAUAUUUCUACCGGUUUUCCCAUAAGAAAUCGAAUUAUUUCUGAAAGAUACAAUAGAUACAAAAUGUACCUCCUGUGCAUUAUCAUACAGUCCAUAUCCCAUGUACAUUUAUUAGCUCAGGCAAAAUAGCGCAGUUUUUAGUCUUUAAAAGAACCUCUUUUGUAAUAGUUUGAUUUGUCUUGGUGUGUAGUACUGCUCAAGAACGUACCACGCAUUGUAUCCACAAUAGAAUUUGACUGCAUGAACUUAAAAACAUGGCGAAGCGAAGGCUAAGAGUUAGUCGAAACAUUCAAAGUAACGUCCUUGGAUCCCGAAACAUUUCUUGGUGGAUGUAUGCUUCUACUAGUCUCAGGUCACAUAGGUUUCUUUUGUGGAAUCGCUACCGUAGACUGCUGCGCAUGGAUAAGGCGUCAGAACAGAUAUAUGAAAGGUAUAUUUACUAUAUGAAAAUCACCUUUGGCGUUUUCAGGUAAACUAUAUCACAUUGCGGCAUGAAGCAUGCAAAAACUCCGAACCGGGAACUUUCAGUGUGUUACUCAUAUGUGAUAACCGCUAAACUUCCAGCCCGAAUCCAAUGUCAUUAUAUUUAUGCAAUCCUCAGACAGCGUGACUUUUCGAGCCAGGGUGAUAAAUGUACAGUAAGAGGUAGAAAAAGCAGGUGAUGAUGAGAGUGAUGCAUAUAUGUAUCUUUUAAAGUUAACAGUUGCUACAUUAAGGCAAGGAGGUUGAAAAGAGGAAUUUAUUAAGGCUAAAUACUGUAAAGAGGUAUGAAAAUGGAAUAAAGAUUUUUAAUAUCAUGAAAAAGGCUAACGCUUAGAAGUAAUAUUAGAAACGUUGUUAACCGCACCUUUUAUUGUGUGUUUGUUUAGUCAUAGAUACUAUGCUCAGUUGCUUAAUAUGACUGACAGGCCAAAAGUCGUUUAGAUGCAUGUAACGAAGCGUUGUAUAUUGGACGCCUAUACAGCUCUGUCUAUCAUUAAAUUAUGCUAUUCACAA